AAUCCAUUCCCGUAUUGAAUGUUAUAUUAGGAUAUUUUUUUUGCUUCACUCUUAGAAUCCCCUCAUUUUCAACACACAAACAAUGACGACUGACUUUAUCCUGUCGCUCGGCGCUGCUGCCGACGGCGAGGUCACCAAGGCCUUUGCUCCUUACACUGGUGCCGGUGCCGCCGCGCCCAUUGCCAAGCUCGAGGCCGCUGGCCGCUGGUUUGAGGUGCUUGCGCUGCGUCUGCGCCAGGCAACCAACGUCACCGACCCGGACUUUGACGCCGCUGUUCGCGAGAUUGAGCGCAAGGCCCUUGACCCUUCGUACGCGUACGGCACCAAGGCGACUGCCGGCGCGGACGCUGCUGCUGUCGAAACGGAGCAGUUCAGCGAAGACCUGUUCGACAAGACCGAGCCCGCGCACUUUGCCACGCUCGACCCCGCCAACUGGAAGCACCAGGACCACUACGAGGUCAUGGGUCUCUCCAAGAUCCGCUGGGACGCGACCGAGGAGAUCAUCCGCCAGGCCUUCAAGCGCAAGGUCCUCAUCCACCACCCCGACAAGAAGGCUGGCAAAAAGUCUGGCUCUGUCGACGAUGAGGACAACUUUUUCAAGUGCCUCAAGAAGGCCAACGAAAUCCUGUCCGACACUGUCAAGCGUCGCUCGUACGACUCAGUCGACCCCACCUUCAACAACAACGUUCCCGAGGUGACGGACAAGAACAAGAAGAACUUUUUCGCCGUGUUCGGCCCCGUCAUCCAGCGCAACGCGCACUUCUUCAAGAAGCAGCCGAUGCCGCUGCUCGGCGGCCCCGACGCCACCGAGGACGAGGUCAACGCCUUCUACGCUGCCUGGUACAACGAGGAGACCUGGCGCGAGUUCUCGUACGAGGACGAGGAGGACACCGAGAAGGGUGACAACCGCGACGAGAAGCGCUGGAUUGACAAGGCCAACAAGGCUGCCCGUGCCAAGAAGCGCACCGCCGAAGUCGGUCGCAUGCGCACGCUGAUUGACAACACCUCGCUCUGCGAUCCCCGUCUUGCCGAGUUCAAGCGCCAGGCGGACGACAAGAAGAACUUUAAGAAGCGCGAAAAGCAGGCCGCUGCCAACGCUGCCGCCGAGGAGAAGGCCAAGAAGAUCAAGGAGGAGCAGGAGGCCAAGGCUGCCGCCGAAGCCGCCGCCAAGCUCGCGCUUGAGAAGGCCAAGAACGACAAGGAGGAGAUCAAGAAGCAGUUCCGCACCCAGCGCAAGCGCCUGCGCAACGUCUGCAAGGACAACAACUACUUUGUUGCCGACCCCAACGACCUCGUCCGCCAGAUGGAGACCACCGAGAUGCUCUGCGAGAAGCUCUCCCUCGACCGCCUCAAGGCCCUCAACGACGCCAUCGAGGCCAACAAGGCUGAUGCCAACAGCGCCUUCGACGAGGAGAUUGCUCGUCUGCGCCACGACGAGGCUGAGGCCAAGGUUGCUGUUGCCAACCGCCAGACUUGGGAACAGCGCAGCCAGGCUUCUGCUGCGCGUGAGUGGUCUGUCGAGGACAACCACCUCCUCGUCAAGGCUGUCAAGGCUCACCCUCCGGGCUCUGUCAACCGCUGGGAGGCUAUUGCCGAGAACGUCAACCGUGCCACCACCAGCACCAAGUUCAACGUCACCGAGGUCAUCGCCAAGGCCAAGGAGCUCCAGAAGCUCGGAGCUGCUGCCGACGCGCAAGCCAAGGAGCAGACCAACAAGGACUCGGUUGUCAAGCUGGCCAAGAAGGCUGCUGCUGUUGAGGAAAUCACUGCUGCACCUUCUCUUCGCGACGACGGACUUGUUGGCGCGUCCACCUCUACGCUCAAGCCUAAAGCUGCUGAGCACUCGGACGCCUCGAGCUGGACUGCUGAGGAGCAAAACGCCCUUCAAAUUGCCCUCAAGGCCAUUCCCAGCACCGAUCCCGAGCGCUGGGAGAAGAUUGCGGCUGCUGUUUCGACUCGUGACAAGGUCGAGUGCCAGCGUCGUUUCAAGGAGCUUGCUGACAUGGUCAAGGCCAAGAAGCAAGGAGCUGCCAAGUAGAGUGUCAGACACAACAACAGAGCGCUGUUUGCUUAUGCUAACAAAUGUCAAUACACGAGAUUUCGUUUUUUCAAA